AUGAUCAACCUGGAGGAUGUGGUCUUGGAUGUUGCUCCCUUAUCCAUAAUUCAUCCAUCCUCUCAGAAGAAAGCUACGCCUUUCGUAUGUAAAAAUGUCAAGACUUAUGGUAAGUCUUUUGAACCUAUAAUCCCCAGUAAAGAUAAAACUGUUGUUGAAGAAGAAUCUAGGUCUAAAGGGUCUGAGAUGAGAAACCCUAUUAUGAAUGUUGACGGAACUGAGAAUCCAACGGAAGCGGGAAGAAGAGCCGUUGAUAAGGAACUUAGGAAGUUUAUUACAUCUGUUUUAAAGGAAGUAAACUCAUAUAUUUUGUCAGAUGUUCAGAAAUCUUUGGCAAAAGAAACUAGACCUGACAAUGAGUCUAGUGAAAAAGUUGAGGAAAGUGUUCCUGAACAUGAUGCUCUUGAAAGAAGGAGUAAGAAGAAGGAAGAUGGUAUUGUAACUCCCGGUAUAACCAAGAGACUGCAAAGACGUAAAGGAAGGGUAGUGUUGUUUGAAGAUUCUCCCUCCUGGGAAAUGAAAAGAAAAUCUGUUGGUUUGAAAGGCACUCCUUCUAGAAGCUCCAUAGGAAAAUCUCAUGUUGAAAAGGAUGUCCAAGACAUCACACCUGUAAAAAGAUCUGCUUACAAGAAGCCUCAUGUUGCUAUGCCCGAGGCUCCACCAAACAGUGUUUCUUUACACUAUGUAAAGAAUGUUGAAAGGUGGAAGUAUGUCAUCCAGAGGAACGUGGCAUUGGAAAGAGAAUUGGGUAAGGAUGCCCUUAAAUGUAAGGAGGUCGUAAAACUUAUAGAAACUAUUGGGUUGAUGAAGACUGUCACACAAUUUGGCCAUUGCCAUGAAAGCUUAAUAAAGGAGUUUAUGUUGACUAUUCUUGGUGGAUGUGAUGAUGUGAAAAGUGUUGACUAUGGAAAAGUGUAUGUCAGAGGCAAUGUCGUGACAUUCUCUCCAACUGUGAUCAAUAAAUUUUUGGGAAGAACAGAAGAACCUCAGGCUGAGCUAGAGGUCAUAAAUGACCAAGUGUGCAAAGAGAUAACUGCCAAACAGGUACCUGGCCCUGCCACUUCCAAGAAGAGUGUUAUUGCUCAACUGAAAAAGACUUAUAAAGAGUUGGAGGAUUCCAUCAGGUAUAACACUGCAACGAAGAUCAAACUUGAUGGCUAUGAUGGCAGAAGAGAAGAAGGAAGCUGA